CGGCGGCGGCGGCAGGAGGCGGAGGCGGAGGCCGCGGCGGCGCCGCGCGCCCAGGUGCGGGCUGCAGGCGCGCGGCCGGCCGCUCGGGAGGCAUCAUGGCCGCGAAGUCGGACGGGCGGCUGAAGCGCAAGAAGAGCAGCGACGUGGCGUUCACGCCGCUGCAGGACUCGGAGCACUCGGGCUCGGCGCCGGGCUUGGCGGCCGGCGCGCCGUCGGGGCCGGGGGGCGCGGGCGAGCCGGCGGGGGGCGGCGGGCGGCGCCGCGGCUGCUGCUGCUGCUGCCCGGCGGGCGCGGGCGGCGGCGCGGGCGGCGCGGCGGGCGCCGGGGGCGGCGGCGGCGGCGGCGCGGGCUCGGCGCUGUGCCUGCGCCUGGGGCGCGAGCGGCGGCGCUACUCGCCGUGGGACGGCCUGUGGGUGCUGGCGGCCGUGGCCGUGUACCUGGCCGACGUGGGCACGGACGUGUGGCUGGCGGCCGACUACUACGCGCGCGGCCAGCGCUGGUGGUUCGGGCUGACGCUCUUCUUCGUGCUGCUGGGCUCGCUGGCCGUGCAGGCGUUCAGCUUCCGCUGGUUCGCGCACGACUUCGGCACCGCGGACAGCGCCGCGGCCGGCCCGGGCUGCGCGCCGCCCGCCGCGGGGGACGCCAAGGGGGACGGCGACUCGCGGCCCGGCACGCCGCAGCGGCCCGCGCCCGGCGCCCCCAAGGCCGGCCUCGCGACCCCCGGCGCCGGCGGGGCCCCCCGGCGCCGGUCGGCGUCCUGCGCCUUCUGCAUCUGGCUCCUGCAGUCGCUCAUCCACGUCCUGCAGCUCGGGCAGAUCUGGAGAUACUUCCACACCAUCUACUUGGGUAUCCGGAGCCGCCAGAGUGGGGAGAAUGAGCGCUGGAGGUUCUACUGGAAGAUGGUGUACGAGUACGCGGACGUGAGCAUGCUGCACCUGCUGGCCACCUUCCUGGAGAGCGCCCCCCAGCUGGUGCUGCAGCUCUGCAUCAUCGUGCAGACGCACAGCCUGCUGGCCCUCCAAGGCUUCACGGCGGCGGCGUCGCUGGUGUCCCUGGCGUGGGCGCUGGCCUCGUACCAGAAGGCGCUGCGGGACUCGCGGGACGACAAGAAGCCCAUCAGCUACAUGGCCAUGCUCAUCCAGUUCUGCUGGCACUUCUUCACCAUCGCAGCGCGCGUCAUCACCUUCGCGCUCUUCGCCUCGGUGUUCCAGCUCUACUUCGGCAUCUUCAUCGUGCUGCACUGGUGCAUCAUGACCUUCUGGAUCGUGCACUGCGAGACGGAGUUCUGCAUCACCAAGUGGGAGGAGAUCGUCUUCGACAUGGUGGUGGGCAUCAUCUACAUCUUCAGCUGGUUCAACGUCAAGGAGGGCCGGACGCGCUGCCGCCUCUUCGUCUACUACGCCGUCAUCCUGCUGGAGAACACGGCCCUGAGCGCGCUCUGGUACCUCUACAAGUCGCCGCAGAUCGCCGACGCCUUCGCCAUCCCGGCGCUGUGCGUGGUCUUCAGCAGCUUCCUCACCGGGGUGGUCUUCAUGCUCAUGUACUACGCCUUCUUCCACCCCAAUGGACCCCGCUUCGGGCGCUCGCCGAGCUGCGCGUGCGAGGACCCGGCGGCCGCCUUCGCGCUGCCCGCCGAGGUGGCCAGCGGCACCCUGCGCUCCAACAGCCGCGGCGCGCCCGGCGAGCGCGACCCCAAGCCCCUCUCCGAGCGGGACGGCUGCGUGCCCGUCUUCCAGGUGCGGCCCCCGGCCCCGUCCACGCCCUCGGCCCGCCCCCCGCGGAUCGAGGAGUCCGUCAUCAAGAUCGACCUCUUCAGGAACCGGUACCCGGCGUGGGAGCGGCACGUCUUGGACCGAAGCCUACGCAAGGCCAUCCUGGCCUUUGACUGCGCCCCGUCCCCGCCCCGGCUGCAGUACAAAGACGACGCCCUGAUCCAGGAGCGCUUGGAGUACGAGACCACUUUGUAAUCCCGGGGGGCCCGGCGCAGGACCCCACCCCCCCGGGCCACGCCGCCGCGCCUCCCCGGGCGGGGGCCUCCCACUGGUGGCCCAAGGCGGCCAGCGGUGAUGCUGAUGACUGCGGGGCCGCUGGUGGCCGCCGGGGAAACUAGCCCGUCUCGGUAUCGCCCGCUCCCCGCCAGGGCAUGUGCCAGCCUCAUGAGACUCCUGUUGCCACCAGCCCCUCGGUCGGGGUCUGUCCGCUCAGGCACAGGAGGGGCCUGUUGUUGUAGAAAAUGUUGCCUCCAAUCAAUAGGGUGUUUUGAUGGAGUUGACUGAUCUCUGCAUUAAAAUAUACUCACUCAUACACACGCACACACACACACUCACACACAUGCACACGCACACGCGCACACACACGCACACCUUAUCUCAGUCCUCCGUCAGAAUAGCUUAGGUGAUUUUUCGUCAUGUAAAGCUCCGAUUCCCACAGGAAAAUGAAAGCAAACAGAGAGAGAGAGGGAGAGAGAAAGAGAGAGAGAGUGAGAGAGAGCAAAUCUCUCCCUCGAGUGACUCCAGGAAAAAAAAAAAUAGUCCUGCUUGGAAAAGAAUUCAUAAAUCAUUUUCUAAUUUGGAGUCCCAGCCCAGGUGUUGAAAGCUUAUCCAAUGGACAGCAAAACUCAAGUGUGUUUACAAGUGUGUUUAGAAUCAAUGGAAUGGUUCAUUUCUCGACACGUUUCAGGAUGAUUUGGUUUUAUUUUUCCAUUUUCAGUUGAGAACAUCCUUUAUGACAGAAAUGCUAUGCAGCACGUGUUUGGCUUUCCACAAGACCAAGAAGCUCGCUAUCUUAGUGAUGUCAAGUAGACAGGAUCAUGAUUCAGUAUUCCAUUGCAAAAAAAAAAAAAUGCAUCCUGUGUACACAGAGAGGAAGUAGGGGGUGGCGGGAGGAGGAGCAUAGCCUUGAAUUCCCAGCCUGUGAACUCACUUGGAACCUAAGGGCAGACAUGGGAGAGGGUCGGGGUAUCACCGGACGGUCCUGGAGGCGAGUGCCUGUCUCCGCACUUGCAGGUACAAACGAUGCCACACCACGCCCUGCCACCUUUCCUAGUGCCAAACACCGUGCAACCCCAGGACCGACAGCCCUGAGCAAAUGAGCAUUAGGGGCUCAGUCUCUCCCCCGAAAGAGACAUGAGAGCGAAAAAUCAAGUUCUCCGAUGGGUAGAGAUUUCCCUUCCCAUGCCCCCCCCGCCCCCCAACACAAGGUGAAAGCGACGUAUAUCUUAGAGGUUUGGGGACACUAUUCAGUAAGGAUGAUCAGCUACAUGCAAUGAAUAUGUGAAAAAAAAACCUUCUGAACUGAUUGAGGGCUUAUCCCUAGAUCCAGCUAAGAUUUGUAUGUGAAUCAUUUGUAAAGUCGCACUCUUACAACAAGCUUCUGGGUUAUAUAAAUACCUCCGUACAGCCAGUAAAGGUCCUUUCUGUUUCCUGUGUCCUGGGUCAUGGUGCUUUUUGUUGCAUUAAAAGUGCCGGUCAAACUUUGAUAGUAUUUUUUUAUAGUUGGUGCAGAGUGGAAUAACUCAUGGAUUAUUUCAAUAUUUUUGUAAUAAAAUAUAUAGGGUACACAUAUAGGCAUCAUCACUUUUUUUAUAGACCUGGAGUCAUUUAAAAUACUUUCAACGUCAUCAUUUCUUGGGAUGGCAGAAACUGGUCCACAGAUCUCAUCGGCCCACGUCAGCAGCCUGAAAGCACAUGUGUCUUGCAAGAUCACCCUCCUUUGCAAUGCUGGUGUCCCAGGAAGCUGGCCAGGGGUGCUAUCAGAAUAUCAGGUGACAAGAGAAUCAGCUUAACUUUUAGAAAGGGCUUGUCAAGACUGGCCAAUGUUUCCAGGAACUCAAUGAGCGAGUAUUCUCAUCCAUCCGUUAGAGCGAAGCUGACCACAGUGGAAGUGGUCUUAAACUUCCUCCUUUAGUUUUGUACUGGCCUGCCUCAAAGAUUAGCUCUUAGUCCAGUCUCGAAGAAGAGGAAGAAAGUCAGCUUCACUUUUCAGUACUUGACUCUCCUGAAUCCAAUUAAAAUAGUCUAGUUCCAUAGUCACCACCUGCCAUGGUUGUAUCAUACAAAGACUACGGUCCCCAUGUUGGUGGCAUAGAAAAUUACAGAGGGUUCAGCUUGGGACUUCUUUGGGUACAAAGCUCCAGAGAAAUGUCUAAGAAAUAGACCUUUGUUUCCCAGUAGGCUUCUUUUCUUAAUCCUAUAUAGUUUGAUCCUCCAAGCAAGAUUUCCAUUAAAAUGAUUUUUCUUUCAGCUGUGAAAAAUUACCUAGUCACAGAACGGCUCAAGAAGACACUACUCUUGUUGGCACUUGGUAAAAACAUUCCCUCCCUGUUGUGGAGGGGGGUGGGGAGGAGGAGCUUAUUGGCAAACACUUUACUUCUGUACAAAACCAUGAGUUAUUAGCUCCUCUUUUUCCAAGACAAUUUUAAUUUGAUGAUUUGGGGGAAUUGGAUUGCUCGAUUGAACUCUGCCGUGGCUCCAUGAGUGAAUAGCAGAUGGCAGUCUAACAGUAUUAAAUCAGCAAAACCUCACCAGGCCCCACCGCUCUUCAGUCAUAGUAGAAGUUUCAGAUAGCCACUGCAGCUCCUGAGUGAUGACGAUAAAUACAUCCGUUUAUGAAAAACCAAGGCAGGAGUGCAUGAAAAGAGAGAGAAAACAGCAGGACUUCAUGUCAGACACUAAUUUUGUGGUAAAGAAACUGCUCCAGUGAUAGGCCCCGAGCUGGCUGGUCCCUCGCCUGCUGACUAGCUGCGAUGGCAGGAGCUUCAGCAGGACAGUAGGAGGAGAUGUGGCAAGACGCUUCACACACUAAAACCUAUAAAACAUGCGUCCCUGAAGAGUCCUCAUUUAUACACCAGUGAGGAGCGGGGUUCGAAUGGCCUUACUCACCAUCCCCUUGUAAACUCAGCAGGACAACCCAAAAGCCUUCGUGUUCGGACUCCCCAAACACAGUUUAAAAGCAUUAGCUGGAUCUUUGACAGAUAUUUUUGAUGAUGGUUCAGUUUGCCUCUUAGUCUGUCAUUAUGAGAAAUUAGUAGGAAAAGUAAUUCUCGUGAGACAGACUAAUGGAAGUGAAGAGAGGUAGGUAGUUUAAGCAAUUUUUCAAUGUAAACAAAAGCCCUUUUUUUUGCCAUUGACCACUAACUCAAAAGUUUUGAAUUUUCAUCACGAUGAAGUUUUUUGUGGUUGGAGGCCUCUUGGCACAUCUGAAUUUCCAAAAUGACUACUGAACCAUCUUCACUAAGCCAAAAAGAUACUGUAGUCAGCUUAAAAAUGUAAGCCGGUCCACAUGAAUGGGAAUAUUUUGAAGGUGUUGACUUUGCUGUGGGGAUGUUAAACACCAGGACAUAUGGGAAAUGUAGAUGUGUAAGUAUAUGUUCUUUUCAUCCACUUGUCUGCUCGCUUCUACAGCGACAGAAAGUGUUCAGGUGUCAGUAACGGAACUGAACUGUCCACUGGUACUCUGCUGAAAGAUCUCUUUGUUGUUCAAAGAGGAAUAAGUAAUGCAGAAAAAAUUUAAUUUGGUUUUUAUUUACUUUCUAUAGACACUUGAACAAAGAGGUCUGGGAAGCUUUUCUGGAUGUAUUCUGACAUAAUUUCCGCAGAGACUUCCAGAAUAGUAAUUCCAGAGACUUGCCAGUUGGCCCUGCCUAGUAAGAAAGCAUUUCACUGACCCCUUUCCAUCCAUAAUAAUGUCAUUAUUUCUUCUCUGCUCCUCACAUAAUCUCGAUCAUUCAAAGUCUACUUGAUGGAAUUGUUCAAGGAAAAUGCAGAUUUGUUCAACUUUAAUGUUUAUUUUAAGGACCUCAUACCUUUUGAGUUAGAGCUAGCUUAAACCAUGUAAUAGAAUUAUUUUAUGAUGAAUUCUAUUGUUCUCAGAGCUUUAGAAAAUAUUUCUUUCUAGGUAAGCAAUGCAUUUUGGGAAAGGGAUUGUUUUGCAGAUGUUGUUUCGAUGGCCAAGGACUUGUUGGGUAAAGCAGACUGGUAUAUUAAUGUUUCCUUUGUAGUUGUGGGGAAAACAAAACUAGAUAACUUCAAAAGUGAACUUAUUUUCCAACAGGGAAGUUUGAACUCUUGCAUUUUUGGUCAUCUUUGGGUGUUUUUUAUUUAUUUUUAUUUGACUCUAGACUGAUUGGUAAACACAUAUAUUCCUCAGCUUGUGUGCUUACCUCAUUAAUGUUCUGAAGCUGGGCAGAAAGGCAGGCAAAUUGUUCAGACCAAUUUCCUUUCAAGUGCACUUAUGUUGCAGAACUGGUUUGAAGCAUUGACCAUAUGCAGGCACAUGGAGCCCCAAGAGUCAGCUAUGCAAAACCCGUAAGAGAAUUUCCAGAGAAAAUCUAAAUGGUCCGUAGGUUUUUUUAGGUUGUCUUUGGCUGUGUCAAAUGUUACAUUUAGUGCCAAGUUAAAAUGUUUUCAUGGGGUAGGCAAUGCCCUUGCACAUUGCAUCCCUCUGCCCCGGAAGCUGCAGAGGUGUCCCAGAGACAAAAGGGACACUUCACUCCGUAGAGUCAGGGCCCCACAGAGCUGCUAUUUCCAGUUUCUCAACCCUUCGCUCACCCAUCACUUUGACUUAGCUUUUCUUUCUCCUGGGUAGUCUUACUUCAUCAAACUGUCCAAAUCUUUUGAUAUUCGUGUUAUCCAAAAGGAUGUUCAAUUCAAGACUCAGGUAAAAUGGUGACCACGAGGCAACAGGUAAUUGACAGCUACCAAAUCAUUAGGAAUGUUUUCCUGUUAUCUCUUAUGUGAUGAAGAAAUAGAAUUUAUAGGAAGCUCAAAAUCCCUCUGCUAAAUAUACUGACUACUUUAAACAUAUUUGGAAGACAUAAAACAGUAUCCUGUCAUGAAAUAAUUCCUUUCUGGAGAAAAGUAGGAAUGCCCCUGUUCAGUGAUGGGAACCCAUAGUCUUAUCUUUAUCUGUUAGUUCAGCCUCAGAAGCUCGGCCGCCUCCUCCUGUGUGAAAGAGCGACCAUGCUCAUUUCUUACCUCAUAAGAAAGGUGUUGCGAGAUUAGAGUCUUUGAGGACUUUGACACUUGUGACCUAGUAUUAGCAUGAAGGGGAAGUCUGUGUGGCCAGGAGUAAUAAACUGUGGGGGAGUUGAUGGAGACUUAACAGCAAUAACUCAACAAGCAAAGAGCAUGAUUAUUUUUGGUCAUUAAUAAAAGUGAACCCUUUUUAUCAGUGGUCUAUAUAUAGGACUUUUAAAGAAGUAUCAGUUUUUUCAUGAGAAAAGUAAUUUUUCAUAUAAACAUGGUUAAAUUCCAUAUAGAAUGACUAUUUUCCUCUUAAUUGAAUGGACUAUUGCUAAAUAUUCUAUAUAAUAUUAAAUAUUUAUUAACUACCCAGAACACUUGAUUCCUGGUGCCUGGUCCCAAGAAUUGAUUUCCAGAAUGUGUGUAUGAGACUCAAGUCUGUACUGAACAUUGCCCAGCUGCAUUCUGAAACCCAGAGCGUGAGAGCAGAAAAUUUCAAUAGCUACUACUGAGAUUAGAUUUUAGUUUAUUCACACAGAUUUUUAUUCCCCUGUCUAACAUGAUAUUUCUUCUCCCUUUACAGCCCAGUAAGACAUAUUAGCUAUGUUUCUUCCUGGAACUCCAGGACUGGAUAAUUUUCAGAUUUGAAAUGUUUUGCAGAUAUUUCAAAGAAGUGUAUGCACAAGGGCUUCAGCUACAUUGAUGCAUGCUUAGAUAUGCAAAGAAUCAUCAAGGAGAUGGUACACAAACCACCACAGAGAAUAUUUUGCACAACUUCCACUGGAAGUAAUAGCUUCUCUCUUAUUUAAAUAUUUGGCCCUGAUAAGAACUAGUUCUAAAUAACAUAAUUUGCGUUAUAAUCAUUUGUCGUAUUUUAGUCACCGAGGCAAAGUUGUAAAGUAGGGAUACACUCAUAAAACAUACUAAUAAGACGCGUAAUGUUUUAGUGGUGUGAUUGCGUGAGGUAAAAUUAUAUACUUGCAUUUUAUCAUUGUUUCCUCUCUUAAUAAUCAUUUUCCUUUGCAGAGAAACAUUUUGCAUGUCUUAGAAAAAUGAAGACGUCCAAUUAACAUUCUGUUCCAUGAACAAAUCCCUCCCAGCAUCCCCAAAAGGAGCAAUUUGCUUUAGAGAAAUGUCUCACAACUUUUUACAUUCUUCUUUUUUAACCUGGCAUAUUAUUAUCACAAAAAUUCUUUAUCUAGAUGAUAUGAGGUAGCUGAAAAAUGUAACUUUGAAUCAGUCCUAAUGGAAGUUUCUGCUUGACUUGUAAAGGGGCCACGAAGAGAAACUUUCUCUGCAAAUGUAUCCUGUUUUCUUUCUCAAUUACUAAGGAGUUCAGUGCAUAGAAAGGAUGUACAGAGACAAGUGUAUUUGGUUUUCUCCAGGUCAGAAUAAGGAGAGGCACCUAGUACCAGAGAGUAACUCCCCUUUAGAACUGAAUAAUGAGUUGGAUUUAGGGCUAAGGAAAAAAUCAUUGUCAAUUAUCCCUCCUAUUGACUCUUUUCUCAACUCUCACCAAAUUCUUCUUUAGGAUCGAAAGGUUAAGAUUAGAAACCGGAAGUGUCUAAUGAUGAUGAUUACUGCCAUUUCAGGUGAUAGCUUUCAAGCAGAAAUGGUGAAAGCGUGCGUGAGAAACAUAAUUAGUAGAGGUAUAGACUUUGUCCUGACACUCUACCAAACAAAUCCCAAACAGAUUCUCCUGUCACUAAUAUUCUGGUUUAAUUAAUAGCACCUAAUAGGAAAAGAUAUGAUCAUUUUCCUCACCAGUAAACCACUGCACAAUGUAAACCUGCUUUCCAGUGGCAAGAAUUUUUGCUGUUGAUUUUUGUUUUCUCAUUCUACAACUAUUUUAAGUCAAUACGUUUCACAUCUAACUACCUCAGCUACUGUUGAUUUAUUUAGAAAUAUGCCAUCAUGCACUUUGUAGCCAACAAAGUUUUCAUUUGACAUUUCAAAAAUCAACUUGGUGCAAAGAAAUUUUCAAACACAUAGAUAGCACGUAAGCAACCCGGCUUCCACAGGUUGUACUUAAUUUUGUCCGUUUGUUUCUAAGUUCCCUUCGGGGUAAGAAUUCUUGGUUUUUUUUUUCCCUCCACACCAAGGAAGCUGCUCAACAGUUACUUAGUUUGCCUUAAACGUUUUGUGGCCCCUUCCCAGUUCAACUCGCUUUUUGUUUUCAGUCUCUCUCUGAGUAAGACAAUGUCACAGGUGGCAGAUGAAAAGCACACAGAGAAGAGAUCACGAUGGCGGAGUUCUCUGUCGUGGACGCUCUGCAUGACACUCUGGUCCUGUGAACUUGCUUUCCUGUGCUUCUCCCUCCCAUGACUGUACAAAACGAAGGUCUGAGAGCCCCUCCCCCCCAACCCCGCACCCAGUUAGGGAACUGUGUGUUUCUCUCUCCCAGUACAAGUGCAGUGCCUGGACCCGAAUGAUCGCCUUGGCAGUUCUUGUGCUUUUUACUUUGUAAACAUUGUACAAAUGUAUUUGGAACUUGAUUUUAAAUGAAAAAAUUAACUAGCUAUUAAUUUUUUUUUGCCUUCUUGUAAAUAUAUAGAUUCCAACUCCAUGUAUCCAAACAUUCCUUUAGCGUUCGGGUUGUAAGAGUGUCUUUAUUGGCUGGAGGCCGUGGCCCAGAUGCUCUCGUGGAAAGCACAGUGUGUGGAGUAUUUGAUGUACUGCAGAACCAUCGUCAUUUUGGUCUGUUAAGUCAAUUGCAAUUUGUGAUGAAAUGAAGUGGAAAGUAGUGCUUCAUAAUGAACAAAUUUCCUUGGUUACAUGAUUUUUUUCUUGUAAAACUUUAAAAAAAAACUUGAAAUUUUAUAUAUUUGGAUUUUGUAGAGUUUUUUUUUAAUUUUAUUGCAACACAAGGUACCAAAAUCAUUAAAUAAAGUACACUGUGGUCAUUUUAAAACAAGUGUGAGUUCCUGAUUCUUUCUCUGGCUAGGAAAAGAGCAGGAAAUCAAAUAUGUAAGAUGGGAAGGUGCUCAAGGGAUAUCAGUGCCAGGACAAGUAAUCGCAACCUGAAAAAAGAGAGAGCUGUGUUUUGUCAAAUCUGAAAUAAAAUUAAAUUAUAUUGAUUUCUAGGAUAAGUUUCAUUUAUUGAUGUCUGCAGUGUGCUAAAGAAUACUUCUCUAGAACAAUGGUAAAAACAAAGAUGUUUUGAAUCACAAAGAGUCUUAAGAAUCUAAUUCAUGUGUUUUAAACUAUUACAACAUUGUCAAUGGCAAAAGUACUUUUUAAAGAAAUGAUGUAUCUCGGUUCCUGGUUCUCCGACAAACUUAAUUUUUUUAUGAUUUAUAUAAUUGUUUACAUAUUUAUGGCUUAUAUAUAAUUGUUUUCUCAAAUGGUCUGAUCGCUCUGUUUUUAAAAUUUUUUCUAUGUAUUUGGUAAGAGUACAAUUGGUUACAAAAGACUUACUUUGUAAAAUGUUAAGAAUAAAGGAGAACUGCACUCUC